AUGAACAGAGGUCCUUGGCUUAUCCUAGGGGAUUUCAAUGAUAUAUUAAGUGUUGAGGAAAGAAUAGGUGGAAAAUGUAAGCAGGCAAUCUCAGGUGCUUUCAAGGAGUGUGUGGAGAGUUGUGGGGUGGAGGAUAUAAAAUACACAGGGUCAUUUUACACCUGGAACAACAAACAAGAUCAGCCUACACGGAUUUUCUCAAAGAUUGAUAGGGUAAUGGCAAACCAAGAUUGGAUAGAAAAAUUUCCCAUAGCUGAAGUUGUUUUUUUACCAGAGGGAAAUUUUGAUCACUGCCCAGCCGUGUUAUCUGUGUAUCCUGAUAUGGCAGAAGGCAAAAAACCUUUUAGAUACUUCAGAAUGUGGCAAAAUUAUACAUCAUUUCAGGAGGGUUUGAAAGCAAUAUGGCAGGAACAAGAUACAAGCACACCAAUGUUUCAGCUGGUGAAGAAGUUAAAGAGAGUCAAACAGUUAUUAAGGGACAUGAACAAAUCUGAGGUAGGAGAUAUUCAAGCAACAAAUACUCAGUGUUAUCAAGCAAUGGUUAACAGUCAAAUAGCAUUACAGCAGAAUCCAUAUGAUAAGGAACUAAUAACACAGGAAAAAGAAGAUAGAGCAAGAUAUAAUGCAAUAAAUAAAAGAUAUUUGUCAUUUCUUUCUCAGAAGGUGAAAGUACAAUGGCUGAAAGAGGGGGAUGAUAAUACCAGUUUUUUUCAUAAGAGCAUCAAGAUGAGAAGGGCAGAGAAUAGGAUCUACGCAAUUCAAGAUAUGGAGGGGAAAUGGGUGGAUAACCCACAAAUAGUAGUCACAGCUUUCGCAAUUUUAUCAAAGGCUACUCGGAAGUAA